CUCUCUCACCUCUACUGCCUGCCUGCCUGCACAGGCAGGCGCAAUGAGAGUAAGGGAGAAAAAACAUUUAAUUUGAAUUUUCUGACUCUCUUACUCUUAUGUGUUACCAUGACGACCUGCAGGCAGGCAGGCAGGCAGUAGAGCUGUGCGAGCGCCUUGAGUUGACAUCGUUGACAUCUGGUUUGCAACCCUGUUGUUUACUAUAUCUUGCUCCAAACGUGCAACAUAUUAUUUUUGAUUUAUAUUUACAUUUCUGUCAUAAAAAGAGAUUAAUAAUAAUUUACAAUGUUAACAUAAAUAAUUACUGUACUUAUUGGAAAUGUGGAUAGUUUAGUGUAUUUCCCAAGUGAUCAACGUUCUUCUGAAUAAUUCAAUACUCUUUGCAGCUAACCUCAAAUUUCGUUUAUAUUUAACUUUUUAUUUAUUGUUAAAUUGUUAAAACACCAACAAAAUGUCUGAACGAAAAGUUUUAAACAAAUAUUAUCCACCGGACUUUGAUCCAUCAAAGAUCCCUCGCAUGAAAUUGGCUCGCAAUCGACAAUAUACAGUUCGAUUAAUGGCGCCAUUCAAUAUGCGAUGCAAAACAUGCGGUGAAUAUAUAUACAAGGGUAAAAAAUUUAAUGCACGAAAAGAAGAUGUCGAGGGCGAGGAUUAUUUGGGAAUAAGAAUUUAUCGUUUCUACAUAAAAUGUACACGUUGCCUGCAGGAGAUUUCCUUUAAAACAGAUCCAAGAAAUACGGAUUAUGAAAUAGAGGCGGGAGCGUCGAGAAAUUUUAUGGCAUUAAAAUUGGCCGAGGAACAGGCGCAAAGAGAAGAGGACGAGGAACGUGAAGAGGAGGCGACAAAUCCAAUGAAACUACUCGAGAAACGAACACAACAAUCAAAACACGAAUUAGAAGUUCUCGAAUCAUUGGAGGAACUCAAGGAUUUAAAUCGUCGACAGCAGACAAUUGAUUAUGAGCAAAUGCUGGGACAAUAUGAUACAAAAGCAGAUAAUUUGAAGACAGAGAAAGAACAGGAGGAACUCGACGAGGAAUAUGUGCAAUCUGUUUUUAAGAAGAAGCAAAAUGUCACUGUUGUCGAGGAGGAAAUUGUCGAUUUAGAGGAGAAUUACGAACCGCCGGGGAAAUUAUUUAAAAACGACAGUGAUGCGUCCACGUCGAAUGUUGGGAGGAAUUUAGAAAAAAAGGGAUCUUUAAGUAAAGUGAAUUUAUCAACGCUCGUGAAGAGAAAAGUUGAUCUCGUGAAGGUCACAAAUAUAACGAAAAAUGAUGAUAACAAAGAAGAGAGGAAAUCAGUUGUUGAAGAUGCACCAAAACCAAGCGGACUUUCAUUAUUAGGUGCCUAUUCGGGUAGUGAAGAUGAUAGCAAUUGAUUUUAUUAAACAUCUCUGCAAUCUGUUGAAAAACUGUACAUAAACAUGUAUUAUACGUUUUUAUUUAUCGAAAACGUACCUGAAAUAUUUGUAAAUACAAAAUUGAAUUUGAA